GAUCGGUUGCCUCCAUGCAGGUUCCGAGGGCGGGCAGGCGGACAGCGUGUGUAAAUGAAGUGUCGGCCGGUGCGCUUCCGGAGUCGGGGCGGUGAGAUCUUGGCCAUGUCGUGAGUUUGACGAAGGUGUAAUACAAGAAAGAAAUCGAAAAUGCUGCAAGUGUGAAAUUUCCAGGACACUAGACACCAAGGAGGAUUUGGAAGAAAAGUUUACUACUUGACUGUGUAAGAGAUAUGGCUGAGUCGGUGCUGAUUACUUCUGUGAUAGACCAAGCCUAUUUGCCAAACUCAAGAGCACAGGUUGGCAACAGAAUGAAGAAUUCCAAUGAUGAGCCAGUAGAGUACUGUCCUAGUUCUGCUGUAUUUCGAUCUGCAGCUGCUAUGGGAAAGGAGUUGCUUCUGAGCAGGAAGAGACCAUUUGUUGGACGGUGCUGCCAUGUGUGCUCUCCAAUAAGUAGGGAUAAACUUUUCAAUACCAGCAUCCCUUCUCAGGGACUACGGAAUGUGAUUUAUAUUAAUGAAACGCACACCAGGUAUCGAGGCUGGCUUGCACGGCGUCUCUGCUAUGUCUUGUUUAUUCAGGAACGAGAUGUGCAUCGUGAUAUGUUUCCAAGGAAUGUGAUUGAGAAUGUUUUGAACAGUGACAGAGUGCAAAAGGCUAUUAUGGAUACGGUAGCUGAAAGAAUGCCUGUGGAAACUCUUGCCCAGCCAGAGCCCAAAGCUGUGAGUAAAGUAAAGAGAAAAGCUCGAGGAAUCCUUCAGCAGAUGGUGGCCAAUAUUUCACCUGUUGUGAUCAGACUAACAGGUUGGGUGCUGCUAAAACUGUUCAAUGGAUUUUUUUGGAGCAUUCAGAUUCACAAAGGGCAGCUGGAAAUGGUUAAAAAAGCUGCAGCAGAGCAGAAUGUCCCGUUGAUCUUUCUGCCAGUUCACAAAUCUCAUAUUGAUUAUCUGCUGCUCACUUUCAUUCUGUUCUGUCAUAAUAUCAAAGCACCGCAUAUUGCUGCUGGGAAUAAUCUGAAUAUCCCAAUUUUUAGCACUCUCAUAAGAAAACUAGGUGGCUUCUUCAUCCGUCGAAAGUUGGAUAUUGGUGCAGAUGGACGAAAGGAUGUUCUGUAUAGAGCCGUCCUACGUGUGUACAUUGGGGAACUCCUCCGCCAGCAGCAAUUUAUGGAAAUAUUUGUGGAAGGCACACGGUCUCGGAGUGGUAAACCAUACAUGGCCAUGACGGGCCUUCUUUCUAUUGUGGUCGAUAGCCUUUAUGAAAACACUGUUACCGAUGUUAUGAUUAUUCCAGUGGGAAUCUCAUAUGACCGGAUCAUCGAAGGCAAUUACAACAGUGAACAGCUGGGAAAGCCUAAAAAGAAAGAGAGUCUUUGGGGUGUUGCACAAGGAGUCUUCAGAAUGCUUCGUAAAAACUUUGGCUGUGUCAGAGUAGACUUUGGACAGCCUUUUUCUAUUAAGGAGUAUAUCGACGCUCAAAGGAACCGUCCAUUGCCUGCUGCUGUCUCCCUUGAGGAGAUCCUCCUUCCGAAUAUUAUCUCUGAUAGACCGGGCCUUGAUUAUGCUGAUCCUGAUCAGGUUCCAAUUAUAAAUGCCAGAGAUUUUUCAGAUGAACAAUACAGGCGUCAACUGAUUUCCAAUGUGGCUAAACAUGCAUUAUUCACUGCCAGUAGAUGUUCUGCUGUGAUGUCCACUCACAUUGUUGCAUGUUUGCUGCUUUACAGGCACAGAAAGGGUGUCCAUUUAUCAAAGUUAGUGGAAGAUUUCUUCUGUAUGAAGGAGGUGGUGUUAGCUCGGGAUUUUGAUUUGGGCUUCUCUGGAAAUUCUGAAGACGUUGUUAUGCAUGCACUGCAUUUACUGGGAGAAUGUGUCAAUGUCAGAAGCUCCCGUCGCAAUAGUGAGUUCUUUAUUGCUCCAACUACAACAAUUCCAGCCUUGUUUGAACUGAAUUUCUACAGCAAUGGUAUCUUCCAAGUUUUUCUCACCGAAGCAAUACUUGCCUGUUCUCUGUAUGCUAUUCUGAAGGAGAAGAUCAUAGAACCAGGCCAAAUGGAGCUAACAGUCAGCCAAGAAAGACUUAUUCGCACAGCUGCUAGUUUGUGCCACUUCCUUUCCAAUGAAGUGACAGUGGCCUUGCCCUGCCAGACUCUCUACCAGGUUUUCCAUGAUGCUGUUGGAAAGUUUAUUCAGUAUGGCAUCCUGAUGGUGGCAGAGGAGGAUCUGAGCCCCAGUCCAACAGAGGAAACAUGGGCUAAUAAAUAUCCAGAUGGUUUAUCAUGGAGAAGUGAUGAAGAGGAUGACAGUGAUUAUGGGGAAGAACAGAGAGAUCGUUAUCUAAAGGUGAGCCAAUCUCAGGAUCAUCAGGAGUUCAUCACCUUCCUACAGAGACUGUUGGGCCCUUUGUUGGAGGCUUACUUUGCAGCUGCUGUUUUUAUUCAAAGCUUUAGAGCUCCAAUUGAAGAAGCUGAAUACAUCAGCAAGUUUCACAAGUAUCUGUUAUCCAGAACAGAAAUGAAGGUUGCAGUAUUUGAGGAAGGCGAUGACAUGUCAAUCCAGGUCACUGCCACCAUUUCCUCAGGGGAAUUUAUAUACAGCGAAAAUGGAGAAGAAAAUCUUUCACUUUCGGACACAGACGACAGAGCUGAACAAUCAUCCAACAUAAUCUUGUCCCAGUGGAAACCACUGGAUCAAAGCAGAGAAGAAGAAGGAGUUGAAAAAACCUUCCAAAAACUCCGAUCACAGUCAUCUAGCACAGACAAGAAACUGUCAUCAAUAACAUUCCCGAGCAUCCCACCACCACCAAGGGCAACAAGGAGGAAAGGACUAUUAGGGCAAUCAUCAUCUCUUAGUAUUGAAUCAGAGUCUACACUACCAGCCACACCAUGUCAACAGUCUGACAAUAGAGAUCAGGAACAACUUCAAACAUUUAUUCAAACAGUUCCUCUACCUGGGACUACCAGUAUAGAGGAGAAGUCAUCCGGUCAACUGCAACAGUCUAUCAGAAUAACGCAAGAGUUCUCAACAUCAUUUCACACAUUACCAACCCUGCAGCUCACCACCAAAACAGAGGAAUUUUUCUCUCAAACUAUUCAUCAACAACAACCCAACAAUAAAGGAGAAAGCAUAUUUCCAGCCUCCUUUUACACACUUUUACCACCACAACAAACCUUCACAGAUGAUGAAUCAACACCAGCAUUGUUCUGUACUGCCACAUCACCACUGACCUCCAACAGUAAGCAGGAAUUAUCCCAAACAACGUUACAAACUUUCAUACUUCCAGAAUCAGCAAACAUAGAACUGAAAUUGUACCAAACGACGUUCCAAACUGAUACGCUAGCAAAUGAUAACAGCAGAUUAGAAAUAUUAUCCCCAAUGCUCCUUGAUGUUAGGUCACCAACAGAAUUCAUCACCAGAGAACAGGAAUCAUUCCAAGUUAUCCCAACUGUGGACCCAAGAAAACAGGAAUCGCUUGAAACCAUCCCAUCAGAGAGCCCCAGACGACAGGAAUUGCUUGAAACCAUCCCCUCAGUGAGCCCCAGACGACAGGAAUCACUUGAAACCAUCCCCUCAGAGACCCCCAGACGACAGGAAUCACUUGAAACCAUCCCCUCAGAGACCCCCAGACGACAGGAAUCACUUGAAACCAUCCCAUCAGAGAGCCCCGGAGAACAAGAAUCACUUGAAACCAUCCCAUCAGAGAGCCCCAGAGAACAGGAAUCACUUGAAACCAUCCCAUCAGAGAGCCCCAGAGAACAAGAAUCACUUGAAACCAUCCCCUCAGAGAGCCCCAGAGGACAGAAAUCCUUUGAAACCAUCCCCUCGGAGAGUCCCAGAGGACAGCAAUCAUUUGAAACCAUCCCCUCAGAGAGCCCGAGGGAACAGGAAUCACUUGAAACCAUCCCAUCAGAGCACCUGAAGGAACAAGAAGCAAUCCUACAAUCAUUUCAAAGUAAUCACCUAAAACAGAAAAUCAGCCGGGUGCAGCUGUUGUACUCACCGGUAGUCAGUGACAUCCCACCAUCUGAAUCUGCUAUUAAGCAGGAGGAAUAUUUUGCAAAGGCCUUGCACAUGACCAGCAGAUCAGAGGAACUAACAUCUGUCACCCUGUUGAAUAUAAAGGAACCUCCAGCUGAGGGAAGGUCUCCGCAGGGAACUCAAAGAGGCCUGUUGCAUUGGAAGGGGGAGGAAGAGGAGAGAGAAACAGUUGAACGAUUUCAAUCUGUCUGUAAAGAUGAAAGGGAGUUGGUAAAUAUUUGCAUCAAGCAGGUUGUUCCAAUACUGAACAAUUUGGCUGAGUCUGCAAAUAAAAUGGCUGAGAGUUUUGCUGUUUUGAGUGAACACCAAGCAAACAUUGCUUCAAGCCUGCAGGCACUCACCAAAAGCCAAUACCUGUGGCCCUGA